CAGAUAUUUGAAAUUAAUCAUAUGUUUAAGCACUGUGUGGAAUCAGGAUUUCUGUCAGAAGUGCCAUUUUACAUCGAACAAGGCUAUUUAUUGUGGUACCAUCUGCAUGUUCUUUCCUGAACUGGAUGUUAAGUCUCUACUUUAAAGAUGUCCUACAGGGCAUAUUUUUCCACAUAAGUGCAUUUACAUAAUUGACUCAUUUUUCCUAAUCUCUUAUUUUCUAAGCGUGGGGUUUUUUGGUUUCAGAGAUCCAUGCGGACACGUUUUCAUUGAUUUUGUAAUUGCACUGACUGUUCAGCACUUUCCUCUGCCACCCUUUAUGUUUGCACGUGUAGGACCAACUGGGGUUUGCAGCCCUGCCCUUGUGGCUAGAGCUGCAUUGCUGCAUCUUGUCUGCAGACAGCAGCUGAGCUGUUUGAGGCAGAUAGGAAACUCAAUGCGCCAAAACAGCAAGCCAAUUGGAUGAGGAAGUCUGAUUUAAUCAAGACUUCUUCCUUCCUUUCUGUAACAUACAGAAUGUGCCUGCUCAAAGCACACACACACGUAUUUUUCUGGUUUUAAAAAUGCAAAGCAGGCCUCUCCUGACUUCCUAUGGACUACACAUGCACCACAGCUAAAACCUCCUCGGCGUUCCCCAGCUUUGCAAUGGAGCAGGACCCAGAGUGCACAGCAGAAAGGGAGCUGUUGGAAGCUGCAAGCACGAUUGCUACGUUUGCUAUCACAGCUCCUCCUGAUGAAGAACAGAGUCAACCCAAAGCUGAAAUUUCUUGUGAACUGAGCAAAGAUAAUCCAGAAAAAGACAACCUCCAAGAUUCCAAAGCAUCCCUAAGUCCCAACUCUUCAAUGACCACUAAGGAGCUUCAGGAAUACUGGAGGAAUGAAAAAAGCCAGUGCAGACAGGUCAAACUCCUUUUUGAAAUUCCAUCAGCCAGAAUUGUAGAGCACCAAUGGUCUAAAUACGUGAUGUAUAAAAUCAUCAUUUUGCAAACGGGAAGCUUUGACAGCAGCAAGUCUGUAAUUGAACGGCGUUAUUCUGAUUUUGAGAAACUGCACAAAAAUCUUCUGGAGGACUUCAGUGAGGAAAUGGAAGAUAUGACCUUUCCAAAAAAAGCCCUAACAGGGAACUUCACAGACGAAAUAAUCAAUGAGAGAAAAUUGGCCUUUAAGGACUACCUGAGGCUUCUGUAUUCAAUGAAAUAUAUCAGGAGAUCAAAAAAAUUUAUUGACUUUUUAACAAAGCCUGAGCUUCAGGAAGCAUACGGCUGCCUGCGGGGCGGCCAGUACAACAAGGCUUUGGAAAUCUUGUUAGAAGUCAUCGGUCUGCAGGAGAGGCUGACCAGAGGCAACCCUGCUGCAACUGUUCCUACCCUCUGUGCUAUCGUGGUGUGCCACAAGGACCUGGGAAACACAGCAAGUGCCUUUGAAUAUGGGGAAAAGGCUCUGUCACACCUGUGCAUGCGUAGCAGUCACAGGUACUAUAUUCCAUUGUUAGAAGCAAUGAUCACUUUGGCAUAUGAGCUCGGCAAGGACUUUCUGUCUUUGCAAGAGAAACUGGAAGAAUGGAAGGCAAAAAAAGAUCCCGUACGGGUUUUUUCCCUGAAAGAGCUUGCAGUUCGGGAAUAUGUAAAAUGAAUAUAAGAAGCAAUUUCACUAAAGUGCAAAGCUGCCUGCUCCUUUUCCUGAACACAAUAUCUUGAAAGAGUAAUAACUGGAAAUUACCCGUUAAGAUAACAUAACUUUCAUAGGGAAAAAAAAUAUCAAGUAUUUCUCAACAUGCUGGGAAAUUUUAUAUUUACUCUAGACGUAAGCUUAUUAAGAAUUCUGGAAAUAAAUUUAUAACAAAAAGUUUUGUAUAGUUUGCUUAUUUUGAUAGUAUUUUGAAUAUAACCCAUUUUGCGUCGACAGUCAGGAAAAUACCAUGAAUAAAGCACUUGAUCUGCAGAAUCAACAGUAUUGCUCGCUUAUGGGAAAAUUACUUCCUUUCAAGAAGAAAAACAACUUUUCAGUUAAUGCAACCUAAAGGAUGCAUCUUUGGACACUGAUUGUAGGCUUUUCCUCUUCCAGGUGAAGCCCAAUCUGAAUCCUACUGUAGUUAACGUCUCUGGAGGGAAGAUCGGAGGGAAGGUUAACAAUCAACCUUGACAGGAAUGAGAACUACUACUGAUCACUCCAUCAGAUGUGGCAGAAGGCCUAUCCUUGUUUGAGGCAGUCUCCAAGUGCAGCUCAGAUCUGAAUGCAAAAUUCACAUCCAUGCAAUAUACCCGUAAUGGGAAGGAAGUACAGAAGGGUGCUAUUGAGAACAUCUGGCUAAAGAAUGGCAGUAUUUAAUUCUGAUUAUUAAGCUGUGAGACACGUGGCUAAUGGACAAUCUAUCCUAAGCAUGUGCUUCUCUGUUGUCUUUCAAAGGUUUAUGUAAAAUGGGCAUUGCCUCAGUAACUGCCCAACUGGUAACAGCUACUGUUUCAGUGGCUCUGCAAUAUUCCAUUAAUUUCUUGAGCGACCCCAUCACUGUAUCUGACAGCUACACUUGGCUCUAAUGCUGUUGUGAAAGCUUUCUAACAUCUGAAAACAUCUGUAUUUAGCUGCUUCACACUUCUCCUAUACACUAGGAAUGGUGUGGCAAACAGAUUAUCUUUUAUAACACAGUUAACAGGUCAUGCUAGCACAGUUCAUUAUUUUCUACAGAAUGUAGUCCACUGAGUACUUCUAGGCCUGUAAUCCAGAUGCAAAAACCCAACUACAUUGUCUGCAAAUCAGAAGUAACCACAUUAAGUUGCCUCCCAGAUGUAUAAAAGAAUCAGCUAAUUGAAAACGCACCGAACCUGAAAAACACUGUUGUGCAUUGUUACAAGAGUAAUGGCUUGGAAAAAAUACAGAAUAAUAGAAGGGCCUAGAAUGCAAAGUUUAUAUUUUAAGUAGUUUUGAACAGCUAGUAAACUCAAAAUAUGUGUAUUAUUUACAUUAUUUAACUAUAUUAGUAUGUUUUUCUAGUUGUAUCAAAAGUAUGAGAAUCGAGAGUAAUUAAGAGAUUCAAAGGCUGAUCUUCCCAGAAUACACCAUACCAAGAGAGUUAAAAUGGACCAAAGGUUCACCUUCCUAUGGGAUCCUGUCUGAAUCAGUGACAAAGCCAUGACAAAAGCAGCACGUCUGUGCCAUGCCCAAGCAGCUUGGAGCUGAGGCAGGAAGGAAACACAGCCAUGACUCUGCUCCACCUCCACAGCAGUUAUGUGGUGAAAGACCAAAACUACAGGAAGAAAUGAUUUUCCCACUUUUAAUGCCCACUCCCCUCUCACUGUUUGCAGAACUGCAUGCUGUCCAGCUAGGGUGAGUACCAGGAAAGCAGCACAUCAGAGAAAUCUUGCUUAGCCUUAACGUGUGGUAAUGCUGUAACUUUCCAUCUCUGUAGGAUUAACUGAUCUAUAGCUAACCAAUUUUUGUUGGCAUGGCAGUGAAUAAUGGUAUUGCUUUGCCCCUUUCUAUUAAGUUAUGUUUUACUUAUGUUUUUAUUCCAAUAUAUCAUUUUCCCCAUUUUACAGCCUGGGGAAUUGUGGUACAAAUAAGAGAAGCAAUUUUCUCCAAGUCUCAUUUAGUGGUCUGGAGACCACACUGCUUGUUUGGAGCAAUGGCCAAGCAUUACAGGCUGUACAGCUCUGCAGAACAGACACACGCCUCCAUCGCAUGUCCUUAAGUUCAGCUUGGAUGGUCAGCAGCACAGCUUUAUCCAUGAGACAAUUGCACACGAUGUCUGUGGCAGAAAUACUUGAGGAAAUCUGAGUGAUAUAUUCAAAAAAGUAAUAGGUGAAUAGUAAAAUAUUUUAUCUGCUGCUUUUUAAAAGUAGCAAAAGAGAAAACCUUAUGUGAGUGUUUUUAGUAAUGCAUAUGUAGAAUAUAGAAUAUAUAAAAAUGUAAAUAACGUAAUUUUCAACAGGAAGGAACAGAAAAAUAUUCUCAAACGCACUUUCCAGUUUUAAGCAAUUCCUAAAUCUCCAGUAUUUCUUUUCCCUGCUCCUGUAAUCUAAACCAGAAGAAAGAAACAAGCAGUAGAGAGUAUCAGAGCUGUUAGCAAUCCAUGAUGAUCAGCUUCCCCUGCCAUUCAGCUGAAGCAAACAGCACACAAUGCACCAGAGCUUUCCAGUACGCUCUUACAAUUCUCAUUGUUACUGACACUUUGCUCUGAAGUAUACAGAAGAUAACAAUCCAAGUAGAAAUUCGCAUUUCUUUUUUUUUUUUUCUCUGAAAGAAAAGGUCAAAAAAAAGAAAACGUUGCCCAACAUCUGGCCAGCAUAUUUAACAAACCACAGGCUGCAUACACACAAGCCAGAAUAAAAUUUAAAUAAAAUCUGGGCAGAUCAUCUCCGAGAGUCCACAGAGAGUUGUACUACAAUCUAUUGAGCUUUGCCCCAUUUCCAUAUCAAUUAUUAUAUCAUUUGGGGCAUUAAGUAGAUAAUGCUGUUUACACAACUUUCUAAAAUAACUAAAGAAGCCCAUGAGGAUGCCUAGUUACUUAUGAAACAUAUGCAGACAAGAUGCUCUCUGUGCAAUGCAGCAUCUUGUUUACAGGGAAUCCUGUGAUCUUUAUCACAUACUUGUUAUUAACUGCUGUUAUCAGCAGCAUCACUGGAGGAUAAUAUUUGCUUUUCUGAAUCUUAAUAAGGCUAAAUGCAUUUACUGAAUUCAACAGUUAUGUACAAGCAGCAUGGGAGUCCAGCUCAGGACACAAGCUGGAAUCUAGAAAGGUUUUGUGGCGCAGACAGCAGCUGAGCAAAUCAAAUCAAGAAUGUUUAUUUUCUUAUUAGAUCAAAGGCAAGAGCUAGAUGUGUUGAAAAACUAAGCAUGGAUGUAAUGGUGUAAAACACUGAAUGUCAGCUCCCAUCUGGAUAAGGUGAGAACCCCAAAGAACCAGCCUGGUGUUUGCGUUAAGAUCACAUUGCAACAUAUGUUCAUCACACUCUGCGAGUGUGAAUGUGCUGCAUAUACAGAUACACGAGACACUAACUUCAUGUCAGAGCGGUGAUAGUUGAGAGUAACUACACAGAAAUAAAUUGUUGUAACAUAACUGACAGCAGAAUAAGGUCUACUGUCCAUAUAAACAAGCACACAAGCUCUGUAUACUGUGAAUGGGUGGACAGACAGAUGAAUCAAUGAAUGAAUGAAGCAAACAGAUUUGGGUGUUUUGAUGCUUAAUGGAUGUUUUCCAGAUGUUUUAAGAAACUCAGAUAAAAGCUACUUUUACAAGGACCUCAUGGUUAUAUAUAUACACACACAGUUUAAAACACACAACCUUCUUUUAUCAGUAAUUCACAUCUGUAUGUCUGUGGCUACUUGGGCAAGGAAAAAUAACACAGAGAAAUAGAUGGCCUUCUCUGAUCAACUCAUUUCUCCAAACGACUGUCACCUAAAUGUUUUUCAUUCCAAAGAGUGCUACAGUAGACUCAGAUACCCGAAACGAAGUUCCAAAUAACUGUCCCGAAAACACAACUUUCAAUUCUAACACUUUCCUUCAGUUUCUGAAUUUCUCAAUUUGCCUCCUCCCCGCCAGCUGCCUGCAGUGCCACUAGAUGGAGCUGCAGCAUUUGCAGGAGACAGCACCUCGCAAGCACGU